AGUUACCAGGAGGCUAUUCUGCAGGUGCCAGGUGGUAGUUAAUCGGAGCACAGUGGUUACUGGCAAGUGAUUACUGUGGUUACUGUGGUCAAGGGGUUACUGUGGUUAAGGGGUUACCCCUUACGGUGGUUACAGGGUUACCGUGGUUAGGAGGUUACUGUGGUUAAGGGGUUACGGUGGUUACAGGGUUACCGUGGUUAGGAGGUUACCGUGGUUACAGGGUUACCGUGGUUACAGAGUUACUGUGGUCACAGAGUUACUGUAGUUACGGGGUUACUGUGGUUACUUUUGGCAGGUUACCUGGCAACAACAGUGGUUAGCAGGGAGAGCGAUUACGUCUCUAGAUGUACCUGGACUACUUAGCUUAUGUGGUACUUGAACCGGUCGUCAGGGUGCAGUUAAUGUCCUCAGGUUUGUUACCAGGUGUGGAAUCAUUUGCAAUGUUACGGUAUAUGCCCCUCUGUUAUUCUCGGUGAUGUUAAUGAGUAACUAAGGUUAAUAUUAAUGCAUAGCUCAGGUUAGCAAAUUUCAACGUGGGGCUUACCCGGCUUACCAACAUUUGCGGAACUAACCCUGGUUCGCUGAUGAGUGCGCUCGAGGAGGUCACUUUGGCAAAAAGACCCGGUCAGAAUCAACCUUUUUUUCCGUAAUCAAGUGUGGAGGCCCCAACUGGAACCCCAGCUCCAGCAUUGAACAUACCCAAGAACCGCCAGGUGAAAUCAACAACUCCGACAUUGAGCGUGGCACUCCCCGCUAGGUGUAGAAACUUCAACCGGAGCAAAUGUCGGGAAGCUGAAACCGUAGGCACGAACUGGUCGGCGCUCGGUUGGUCGGUCGGUCGGUCGGUCGGUCGGUCGGUCGGUCGGUACCCUCUGCACAUUGAGAAAGAAGGACUUGUCGACGACUGGAAUCAGUCCCAGCAUUGAGGGUGGAUUCCCAACUGGAAGCAACCGGGGCGUCGAGGGUGCAAUUCCGGUCGACAACCUGUCCCGGUAGUGAGGGCGAAGCAACUAGUUGGAACCGGGGGUUGUCAUUUUGCGCUUGGACCCCUCAACCAUGGUUACUGUGAAUGCUGGAGCUGCACACCUAUGGUUAGACUUCAUCUAUGGAACGCUGAUGCAUCGACUGGGGCUAUCACCCCCAUUCUUCCAUGGUGGGUGGGGUGGAAAAGCCCUCGAGUCGAUGGAGCAGGUGACGCGUCAGCUGAUCAAGCAGGGCCUGAAGGAGGUCGCUGAUCAGACCUGGCCGCCGCCUGCAAUCCGGCCAGUUUGGAAGACCAUCUUUGCCGAUGGCCACUUCCGUUGCCAGGAAGGGGUGUUCGUCACCCCUUGUGACGAGACCAUCCGUGAUGCUCUUCCCCCUGAGAGUCGAACUGCUCGAGUGCACCUGCUCACGCCGGUCGGUGUCCCUAGGAGCGAACUGUCGUGCGUUUUGCACCUUGCGGGAACUGGCGACCACGGAUUUGCUCGGCGGCAGCGUCUUAGCCGUCCGCUUCUGCAGUUUGGCAUUGCCUCGAUGAUCCUUGAGAGCCCCUUCUACGGCAACAGGCGCCCCCUGCAGCAGCCUGGCGCGAAGCUUAAAUGCGUAAGCGAUCUGUUGUUGCUCGGAAGGGCAACCAUAGAGGAGGCUAGGGCCCUCUUGUAUUGGCUUGAGACUGUGGGGGGAUUUAAUAGGCUGGGCGUUUGCGGCCUCAGCAUGGGAGGGGUGCACGCUGCCAUGGUUGGAUCGCUUCAUCCCAACCCGAUCGCGGUAACCCCUCUCCUGGCCCCUCAUUCUGCUUCUGUUGCAUUUUGUGAAGGGGUGUUGCGAUAUGGUACGGCGUGGGAAACCUUGAUGAAAGACGGCACUGGCAGAGACAAACUCAACAACGAGUCCUCGGCAGCAUCAGCACCCGCACUCUCGCAGGAAGAAGUUCUGCGCCGAAUGCGGGAAGUUCUUUCGCUCACAGACGUCACUCGUUUCCCGAUUCCGAAGAAGCCGAGCGCUGUCAUCUUUGUCUCCGCAACUUACGACGCCUAUAUCCCAAAGCAUUCGGUUCUUGAACUGCAGCAAGCUUGGCCGGGGGCAGAGGUGCGAUGGGUACCGGGUGGGCACGUAUCUUCGUUCAUCCUGCGCAACGACGACUUCAGGAGGGCGAUCAUGGAUUCGUUGACCCGGUUGUAAGUGUAAAAAGAGCAGUGUGUGUAAAAACAGGUUGUCGACGCCUUUUUUUUUUUUUUUUUUUUUUUUCCUUCGGUCCUGUGAGCAGUGACACCUCCCAUAGUCGUAAAAAUGAUAAUCGGAAUUUGGUUUCACACUCAGGAUUUGGUUUCAAUAAAAGUCACUUGAAAGU